UUCCUGGGUAUUUAUAUCAGGUGGGAGUUGAGGAGAUCUCGUAUUCUGGUCAAAGUACACAACCGAGGUGUUCUCGCCAUGCCUCUCGACAUCCUGAUUGUUGGCGCCGGCAUUGCCGGUCUGUCCGCGGCGAUUGCGCUGGGGAAACAGGGGCACCGGAUAGUAAUCCUUGAAAAGUCGCAGUUUGCUACCGAAGUCGGGGCCGCCAUCCAUAUCCCGCCCAACUGCACGGCGGUCCUGGAGUGGAUGGGGAUCAACCCUGCUGAUUUCGGGGGGACUCUAUUGCGAGAGAUCCACCGGUAUGAUUCUAAAGGAAAUGUGACCUACCUGAAAGACUUUACCCCCAUUCGAGGCCACUGGCAGGCCGAAUGGUAUCUCGUGCACCGCGUCGACCUUCACUCCCACCUGAAGGAGCAUGCCUUGAAGACAGCCACCCUGCAUACCGGCUGUCGCAUCGAGGAGAUUGACUACACCUCGCCUCGGGUUGUGCUGUCGGAUGGGCGAGUCUUUACUGCCGAUCUACUUUUAGGAGCAGACGGAGUUCACAGUCAAGUCCGUACAUAUGUCAGCCCGUCAACCCCAGCAGCAACACCCGCCGGCAAGGUCUGCUUCCGCUGGCUGCUGCCCACCAGCCAACUCAAAGAACACCCCUCGACCGCAGAGCUGGUGGCCAGACCAGGCGUGUUUAUCGAGUGGGAGGGGCCGGACCGACGUCUUGUCGCGUAUCCAUGCUCGAAUGACCAGGUAUAUAACCUGUGUGCAUUUGUAGAUGACGAUGGAACUACGGAAGGACAGGAUAUCAAACCGGUUCUAUGCUCCAGCCUCUCUGGCUUCCCAGAGGCUGUCCAGCGCAUCACGGAAUCUGCCGAGAAUCCUCAAGCCUGGACUUUACGCCAGCUGCCUGCCCUGCCGGAUUGGGUGAGGGGGCGUGCCGUUUUACUCGGAGAUGCAGCGCAUCCAUUCCAACCAUAUCUCGGUCAAGGCGGCGCCAUGGCGAUAGAAGACGCCGUCAGUCUGGCUGUCCUAUUGCCCGCCGAGACGACCGUGGAGCAGAUCCCCGACCGGCUGAAACUCUACGAUACCGGGCGUCGGCCACGAGUCGAUCUUGUCAUGGAAUAUACCCUCCUGAACGGACAGGAUGAGGGGAAGCGGGUUGACGCCGCCGGAAUGGUCAAGUUCAUGGGCAUCUGCUUCUCCCACAACGAGGUCAAGGCGUCCCAGACACUCCUUCAAACAGUGGCCGCGUAGAACAGCCAGGGAGUGGCUGGAGUCUUCGUCUACUGAAACAGUGAGGGUUUCAUUAACCUUGAAAAGGGAGAUUCAUUCAGAGUGGCCACGUGGCUUGCGGGAGGAACCGCGACGGAAGCACGACGGAUUUAAGCUGGCGAGCCAAUCAACGGUUUAUUUUUGAUCUGAUAUGCCGUCUUCCGACAGUACAGACUAGAAAUAGAUACGUAUAUAAUACGCUGUAGUAUGUAGGUAAUUGGCAGAGACAGUCUUUAUGAAUUGUUUACGAUAAGCA